GAGACGCGACGCGUCGCUGUGGCCGGCGGCGGGCUGGGUGCCGGAGAAAUGGAGCGCUACUCCGGCGCCUUCGAGGAGGCGGCUGAGGGAGCCCGGCAGCAGGAGCGACAUUACCAGCUGCUGUCGGCGCUGCAAAGCCUGGUCAAGGAGCUUCCCAGCUCCUGCCAGCAGCGCCUGUCCUACACCACGCUCAGCGACUUGGCCCUGGCGCUCCUCGACGGCACCGUGUUCGAGAUCGUGCAGGGGCUGUUGGAGAUCCAGCACCUCACCGAGAAGAGCCUGUACAACCAGCGCCUGCGUCUGCAGAACGACCACCGAGUGCUCAGACAGGUGCUGCGGCAGAAGCACGAGGAGGCCCAGCAGGCCUGCCAGCCCCACAACCUGCCCUUGCUCCAGGCAGCACAGCAGCGUGAGCUGGAGGCGGUGGAGCAUCGGAUCCGUGAGGAGCAGCGAACUAUGGACGAGAAGAUCGUCCUGGAGCUGGACCGGAAGGUGGCGGACCAGCAGAGCACACUGGAGAAGGCGGGUGUCACCGGCUUCUACGUCACCAUGAACCCACAGGGGAACCCCUCUGUACCUCAGGAGCUGACGUUGCAGAUGAACCUGCUGGAACUAAUCCGGAAGCUGCAGCAGAGGGGAUGCCAGAUGGGGAAGGCAACCCUGUGACCAGGUGGGGUCCCCACCAGUCAACCACUGCCCAACCUGGCUGGGAGGGCAGCCCUGUCUUGCUGUUGCCACAGGUAGCAUUGAGCUGCAUGGAGCUCAUUUUCCUGACAUCUGGCCACCUUCUUCCCAACUUGCCUGUGCCUGCCACUCACCUUUGCCCGGGUGUUCCUAUCCAAAUGCUAGGAUGCUGAGUACAAGGGAGAGUGAGCACAGCCUGUUUGCUGUCUGCCCCAGGGCUGAGUGGAGGCUGGAGGCCCUAGCACCUUCUCACUCCACUGGGCAUUUUCCCGACCUUGCCCGAGCACCAGGCUUUGUUCUUGUUCUGGCCUCGGCCCCUCCAUUGGCAUCUGUAGCCCUGUGUGCAAGAGGUUGUAAGGCCCCAGCCCUGUGUGUCCCAGAGAAAUAAAGACUCCUCAGUGUGACCUGCA